UGGUUAGGACAUCUGAAAUUUCAGUCACUCCUCGCUCGAAAUGGCUCGUACCAAGCAGACCGCUCGCAAAUCCACCGGUGGCAAGGCGCCCCGCAAACAGUUGGCCACCAAAGCCGCUCGCAAAAGUGCCCCGGCCACUGGAGGAGUCAAGAAACCCCAUCGUUAUCGUCCCGGCACCGUCGCCCUUCGUGAGAUCCGUCGCUACCAAAAGUCGACCGAGCUUCUGAUCCGCAAGUUGCCAUUCCAGCGCUUGGUCAGAGAAAUCGCCCAGGAUUUCAAGACCGACUUGCGUUUCCAGAGCUCGGCCGUCAUGGCCCUGCAGGAGGCCAGCGAGGCUUACUUGGUGGGUCUUUUCGAAGACACCAACUUGUGCGCCAUCCACGCCAAACGAGUAACCAUCAUGCCUAAAGACAUCCAGCUCGCUCGCCGUAUUCGUGGUGAACGUGCCUAAGCGACUUUUAAAAUCCCUUUUGACUUACCAAUCGGCCCUUUUCAGGG